AUGCCACCGAAGUUUGAUUCCUCUCAAGUCGUCAAUGUAUUUGUCCGAGUUACCGGCGACAAGGUCGGUGCUGCUAGCUCGCUUGUCCCCAAAAUCAAGUUGCUUGGCCUCUCUCCUAAGAAAAUUGGAAAAGACAUCGCCAAGGAAACCGCUAAUGACUGGAAGGUCCUUCGCAUGACAAUCAAUCUCACUGUCCAAAACCGCCAAGCCAAGGUCACCAUCGUCCCUUCUACCGUCACCCUUGUCAUCAAAGCACUCAAGGAGCCUGAGCGCGAUCGCAAGAAGACGAAAAAAUAUUAA